CUUAGCUUCAUCAAACGUAGUUGUUCAUUGUGAAACACCAACGGUUCUUUCAAGAAACAACCAUUGUCGAUUCAGUCAUCAUUAACAAAAAAACUCGAAAGUUGUAGUUUGUUAUAUAUUUUUUUUACUAUAUUCAUGAAAACAAUUUCCUUGGCUUGUAAACGAUUGCAUUGAAUUUACUUUGAAGAGAAGAUCUGAUUUUAUGAAGCAAUUUUUGGAGCUUAAUGGUAUCUUAAAUAAGAAGAAUUCUUUAAAGCAACUCUCUUUCUUUGGCUUCUAGGAUUUCCAAAAUUAGAAUCAUGGCUCCUGUCGUUUUAUACUGCUCUUGGAACCAGGAUCAAAGCUGCCUGUCUAUUGGGACAGAAACCGGAUUCCAGAUUUAUCAAUGUGAUCCUUUUACUCUACGUUUUUCAAAAGAAACACAUGGAGUCGCUUUCUGUGAGAUGCUUAAUCGAUCAUCACUUAUUGCGCUUGUUCAAGUGUCGCCUGCGUCUACUCGAUUGCUCAAGCUUAUUGAUAUUAAGAAAGACGUUGAGCUUUGUCGCAUGUUUUAUCCCGCUCCAGUAUUAAAUAUUCGUCUUACUACUACUCGUCUGGUUGUUGUUAUUAAAGGAAGCAUUUACGUUUACAACCUUAAGAAUUUGAACUUGAUCAAUACUUUGGCUACAAUUCCUUCAAAUAAAAUCGCGUUCUCUGCUCAUGAAUCCUUUAUUGCCUAUAAUUCCCCCCAGGCUCCAGGGUAUGUGUAUCUGACUUCAUUAGAGACAGCGAUGCCGAUUACUCUGCUGCACUGUCAUUCCAGUCCAGUGCGGUGUAUUGAAUUUCAUCCGGACGGACAUCUGAUAGCUACAGCAUCGGCAAAGGGUACAGUUAUACGUAUAAUGUCUACAUCAACAGGGGAAAAGGCUAUGGAAUUGAGGCGUGGCUACAUACCAGCUUCCGUUGUUUCGAUUGCUUUUCACUCAAAGAAACCCUUUCUGGCCUGUGCUUCAGAAAACGGGACUAUUCACAUAUAUAAACUAUCGAAGCAAAAUUUUUCUGAAACUACUCAUUCUCCUACUUCUUCUAUGAGCAAUUCAUCGUCUUGGUCAAAGUUUCUUAAAUCCAACGUUACCAAACCAUUAGAAGCUCGAAGAGAGUUCGCUACAGCAAAAAUACCAGAGGCAUCAUUUUGUGGAAAAAUUAUUUUCUCUGCAUCGAAACCUCAUGUACAGGUAAUCUCUUAUACUGGACAAUACUAUCGCUUUGUGGUUGAUUUUAAGCAUGGUGGAAACUGUGCCAUGCUGGAGAGAUACAUACUUGAUGAGUAAAUUAUGGAUUUACGGAACGGAUUAUUGAUAAUGACCUUUAUAAUCUCCAAUAUGCAUAGAAUCAUGCUUUUUAAUGAAUUUUGUAUGAAUCUUAUUAGGCUUUCCUUGUCAUAGUUUGGAAUUUUGCUAUUAGUGUCUUAAUGAAUUUAUUAUUGGUACAACCUAUUUGGAAGUAUUCAACGCCUUUAAAAC